AUGCCCGGCAGGAAGGCCGGCCCCGCGGGCUCCUCGCCGGACUGCCGGGCCGGGCUCCCGCCGCGACAGAUGCCGAGUGAGCGCUGCUUCCCCCGGGGUGACGGUUUCCUUCCCGGCCCGGCGCGUUGCACAACGCGGCCCGGCCCGCGACACGCCAUUGGCUGCGCCGAGCGGGGCGGCACCUCCGGCGACCCGGCCGCUCCGCGCCGCUCGUCGGCCACCGCUCGGCCCCGGAGGCGUCGCGGUGGGACUGUGGGUCGCGGGCCUUCGGAGCUCCGUCGGUUCCCCCCCGCGGCCGCUCGGCCCGCCUCGCCGCAGUCCGCGGCCUCUCGGCCCGACCGCCGGCCCCGCGCCCCUCCCUGCCGGAGGAGGGACUCGGGUCGGAAGCGCGGCCCGGCGGCCGAGGGGCUGCGGGGGGUGCCUUCCUGUCGUAUGCGGGAAUUCUUUGAGAAGAAAAAACUCAAAUCAAAGAUGAAGCUUCUGGGAGUAUCGUCUCCUAAAAGUUCAGCAGUCAGCUUAGAUCUCCUCAAUCUGUAUGUUGUUAACCAGAUAUCGACCAAAAAAGACAGCACUGGCAACCUGAAAAAGCCAGUCCAUGUUGAUAUAACUGAAAAUGUAAAGGCACCUUUUAGAAGGAACAACCUAGAGCUUCCCAGGUCACCAUUACGAAACCAAUUUACAGCACACUUAGAUGACAUCAAGAACAGGUUACAAGAGCAAGUACUGGACAGCAGAAGGCAGCAUCUCUUAGAAAAAGAAAAAUACCAACAUCAAUUGACACAAGUAACAGAACUUACUUACGCUGAAUGUACGGAACGUGAAGACAACACAGCAACAACUUUUAGCACCUGUCCAUUGUCCCCUUCUAUUUUUUGGUCCUCUAACUGUGCACAGUUUUCAGAAGAAAAUUUCAGUACAAAACUAAUGGGUGACCCUUGGGAGCAGACUUAUGAAGAUAAGCUAAUGAAACAGUCAAGAACUAUUUCUGAGCAAGACCCAUGGAUUUCAAAUCACUCAGGCCAGUGUAUUUUCAGGAAGUCUGACACAGAGCCUCAGGAUCUACUUACGCCAUCGCACAGGCUAGACUAUAUGAAUUCUGCCAGGAAAGACCCAGUGAUAAUGGCCAGUGAAGAAUCAGAAAGCACAGAAGGAAUAAAAGAACUAUUGUUUGGUGUCAUGAAAGAAACUGCAGACCUGAGAGUUCCUCAAGAUGAAACUGAUUGUCCUUUUCUGGCCGUGUUUGGAGAUGAGAGCCAACCAAUCUAUAAUAAAGCUUCCACAAAGCAUUGUCAUCCUUUUGUUAACCAAAACACUGCUCCCGUUUUUCUCAUUGAUCCCGGUGAUAGAAAUCAAAUGACCAACAGAAACUGCACAUACAAUAGUGGAGAGGCUCAUCCUGCAAUUCAUGCAAGAAAAAAUUCCGUAGACAGACACCGUAAAGGGCUUCUCACAGCUCCAGAACAGGUUUUACGUGAAAACAACAGCGCACCAUUUGCAAACUACAAGAGAAACAGCCUUCAUAAAAGCCACCUUCAGGGCUGUCAUGAUGGACAGCUGUACUUAAUGUCGCCUGGGAGCAAAGAGAAACCUUCAACAUCUGAAAAAAGUGAAACAUAUGGUUAUUAUCGUGAUCAGCAGAUUAAUUUAAAGGAGAACAUGCAGAACCAUUCAAGAAAUAAAAGAGAUGAACCUGCGAAAGAAUCGGUCUGGAAACAGAACCAGCUUUUUGAAUUAGAAGAGGUAACUUUUUAUAAACAUUUUUGCAUUACCUACUACCAGAGUGUUUACAUCAUUCGUUUAGAGUAG